AUGUUCCCAAAUACUUCUGUCUGGAUGAUGAGAGAGAAAAAGAUUAUUAGGACUCUCGAGAGCUCAAGAAGAGCCAUUGAUAGUCAACGGGACGCUCCUAUGCUCCCAAAAACGAAUCUUGUCAAAUAUCUCGCCGCUUACCAACAACAGCUGUUGGCUGUGUCUGGAAUCAACCUUCCUCCGGCUAUGUUACCAAAAAUCCCACCAACAUCUCCAAAAUCAGUUGAAGGGGUCCCUGAUUUCCAAAGGCGGCUUUGGGCAGCAUGUAGAUGCACGAAUACGCGGCUCUACCAAAACGGAAAUCCUAUGUUCGGUUCGAAAUUCUUGUUCAACAAGUUCAACGGUGGCUUCCCCAUGAAAGUGGAAAAAUGUCCCAUUGAUGGCUUUCGAUUCUAUAAGAUGAACUUUGAAGGCUCCCAGAAAGAUGCUCAAGAAUACUGGCGAGCGCUUACACGGGAUAGAAAAAGGAUAUGGAAAAGCAGAGCUGUGGAAGUCAGGGACGAGCAAGUCAAGCAGCUGCUGAUAGGGAUAAUUAGAAUUGGAUGA